CAAAGAUCAUUUUGUCUUCUCUUCUUUACUACGAAGAACAGUUCAUAGGGUUGAGAACGAGAAACUAGGUAUUCUAUUCAGCUCUACUACUACUACUACUACUACUCCAUGAUCCCUCUCUCUGGAAUGUACAUUCUUUGAUUGCUCUAUUUCUAGAUACACUGAGCCACGCUCAGCAUGCCUCCCGUCUCCCACGUGAGAAGUCUCCUCGGAGAGAUUCUCAAGCGAGACGAUGGGUUCGUCGAGGGCAGUGCUGUGAUCAAGACACUUGCGGCCCGGACGACGACGACGGCAACCUUGAAUGACCCCGGUCAGGGGUCAGUCGACCCGACGAAGAUCAACAACAAAGGACUGCUGGGUCUGUUUGCGCUACUGGGUGCCGCGCUUGUGCUGGCAGCGAUCUGGUUCUUCUUCUGGGCCAAGAACGGCGGGUUCAUCUGGCGGAAGGGCGAUUGGGAAGAUUACAAGUCGACGGUGCUGCGGCGAAAGGGACCCGACGGGCGCACGCUGAGCAAUGCGACCAAGAGCACGAGACUUGGCGGCGGGUCCGUCGUGGGGAAAGGCUACAGCGACGACGGAUACACGUACACGGAUAGUCUGUCGUACACGGAGACGGCAACCACGCUGACUGAAAAGACGGAGAAGACGGACCGCAAGCGCCGGCGCAAGCUCAAGGAGACCGCCAAGCAGAAGCUGCUGCGCCGACGGAAAGAUGAGCGCUGGGAGGGUGAGGCAGACGACGACGUGCGCGCCUAUCGUCAGGAGAAGCCCGCGCGGGUCGGUGGCAUGAAUGCCGAAGGAGAUGGCACCUACCAUGGCAGCAGCUACGACACUUCCAACCCGCCGACGCAGUACACGGGUAGCGAGAUGAGCGAGGUGCACGACUAUGCGUACGAGCCCGCCCCGGCCCACACCGUCGACACCAAUACUCAUCGUGGUGGUAAUGAGCGCCACCGCAGCCACCGCCGCCAGCAGGACUCCCGCACCGUCUCUACCUUCUCCUUCACCCCGGGCAACGACGAUGUGCUCAGCCAGCCAGCCGAGGAUGACCGUCGUCAGCGGGAUGAAGACCGAGCUGCACGACGCCGUGAGCGGCGCCGCGAGCGUGAACGGGAACGAGAAAGCCGCCACGCAGCAGCAGCAGCAGCAGCAGCAGGCCCGCCUCCGUCCACUUCCUCGCCCUCCUCCCGCCAGAGCAGCCCACGCAAACAAGCCCGUCGCUCGCGCUAUACGGAACCCCUUGAUUUCUCCUCCGCAGGCACCCGGUCAGAGUACCAGUACUCCAAUGUCGAGACGGACGACGACACCACGGGAACCAAGAGCUACCACCAUCCCAUCCCCGGCUUGAGUAAGGGAUAUCGCCGGGACGGAGGUGGGCGACGCCGUGACAGUUUGAGUGAGAGUGAUUAGCUCUGGUUUUUCUUUUCUUAGGGUAACCUGUAAAUAUGAUGGAUAUGAUAUGGAUAUGGAUGGUAUGACAGGGUAGGGACUUUUUUUUUUUCCAAAU